GGAGGGUACCUUGGAGGCCUUCAGGUGGACAUUCGCGCGGCCCAUCAGGUGUUUUGUGCUAUCACCAUAUCCCUCGACCUCACCCCUCAGCCUUCAGACCCAAUCUCACACUUCGACAUUUCCUCUGGAACGACAAGCGGAAAACACCACGAGGCCGGCAUCAGCACGAAGUAUUACUCAUAAUGCAUUACUUAGGAGCCGGCAAUUUCCCCCGAAAUGACGUCUGAGCACACUUCACAGCCGCCACCAUCCACGCUGCCCUCGUUGGAACGAGUGGAUAUAAGACGAGAACAUAAGUUUGGUUGCCAAUGCGACAUAUGGUACUACCAUACUUCUGGAUGUUAUUCUAACACACGAGGUGUAACUCUGAAAGAGUUACGGCCAUCAGCGCAACGAGCUUGUGGCAACUGUGAAGCUCUUUGGGAAAUCACAACGUCCAUCAUACCUUUUGGUAAGCUGGAUCAAUAUCAUUUAUAUCAUAUCUUUACACAGGGGUUCGGGCUCCCGAGCAGGAGCCGGCUCCUGUUGUCGGGUCAGUCGGACGCGCAUUGGGAGCUCUUCCAAUUACCAGAAACGGUCCCUUGGUCAGCCAUAUUGCCUGCGAACCUCGUGCCUGGGAACACUGCAUCAGCAUUGUCUCUUAACGCCGCCCUUGGCUGGUUAGGCGAAUGCGAUGCGAACCACGAAAGGUGUAAUUUAGCCUCCAAGGGCAGACUCUUCAUGCCUCCUCGAAUCAUCGAUGUGGCCUGUUUUGACUCAGAGCGCUCCGUCCGGGUCGUAGAGACCACCCCAAGUGUUGCAGGCAAAUAUCUGUGUCUGAGUCAUUGCUGGGGCACCGUGAGCAAACCACUGCAAACCACCUCAUCUAACAUCGAGGAGAUGAAACGUGGCAUAUCACUGUCUAGCCUCCCGCGGACUUUCCGAGACGCGGUGGACUUUGUUCGACGUUUGAACUUCAAAUAUCUCUGGAUUGAUUCUCUCUGCAUAAUACAAGACGACGAGAAAGACUGGCUUCGGCACGUUAAAUUAAUGGCUCAGAUCUAUCAACAUUCGUACCUCACGUUAGCCGCCACGGGGUCAAGUGAUAGCACUGGUGGCUGCUACAGUUCUACCAAUGCAUACAUGGCCAAGGUGGUCACUGCCAACUUUCAAGAAGACCGAGUCUCUUCGAUCAACUACCGGAGAGCGCUUCCUCAUUGGUGGAAUCCAUCGGAGGAUAACAACAAAGACUUCUUACGCGCGUUUGACGAUGAGCUUCCGCUCCUGAAUCGAGCCUGGUGCUUCCAGGAACGGAUGUUAUCGCCCAGAGUACUUCACUUUGGCCCUGCGGAGCUCCUAUGGGAAUGCAUGCAAACGUACAGCUGUGAGUGCACGAGGGGAAUCCGAGUGUACGAAGGCCACAACAAACGGAAGCAUAUCGAAAGCCUGGAGAAAGCUUCAGAAGAGGAGUUGUCAACUCGCUGGCGGGAGAUAGUAUCAGAAUACUCUCAGCUAGACAUCACAUAUCCCUCGGAUCGCCUGCCGGCCUUGCUAGGAGUUGCAACACAGAUGCUGGCGCUGUCACCAUCUCGGAUCAUAUGUGGCUCCUGGGAAAGCUCUUUAUUGCAUGACCUGCUAUGGCAGGCUUCUCGACAAAGCCGUGCACCAAAGUGCCGGCCUUCUGGUUUGGUAUAUCCAACAUGGUCCUGGCUGUCCAGCUUGGAAAAAGUGCACUAUCCCUUCGACCCAACGGCGGAGAUUGAGCUGCGCGCGAGAAUCGAGAAAGUCGAGCCUAAAAGGGGAGAGGAUGAGAAGGACGGGGUCGUCUUCUGGGCAUCUCUCGCCAUAUCGGCGCCGGUGAUCUCUGUGACUUUGAGCAUUAAGGAAACGGAAUUUUGGGAACCCUGGACCCCAUGCGCAAUUCAUCGCAUCGGCCAACCUCCAUGGUCGUACGUACUCGAAAUUGAGCCGGACUACAAUUACGACUCCGAAGGACCCGGCCAUCUACAGCAUGGAACCGCCCUGUGCUGCGUGCACAUAGCAACAGAAUCCGCGCCCAUGAUCGGCGACCUGUGGGAGAUAGGGCUGGUACUGAUAUGCCGUGAUGAGGAAAAGGGUGUAUACGAAAGGGUUGGGUUGGUGAGGAAUCGUCUGGGUGAAUUUUUGGCGGCAUUAAAAGCUAGUGGAGAGUGGAAAACGAUUACGCUGGUUUAGCAGAAGAUACACCGCAGCAAGUUGUACCUAAGGAGACCUUUCCUUGCGCAGAUUCAAUGUCCCUCUCCAUGCUCAAAUCUGGCGUGCACAGGGCCAAACAGCG